AUGAAGUCCGACACUACGGAACUGGAAAAUCAAAUGGCAGAUGCACAACUUUUAGCAGACCUUGCAUUUUUAACAGACAUGACAUCUCACCUUAAUGAAUUGAAUUUGAAGCUACAAGGAAAACAGCAGAAUAUUGCCAACUUAUUUGGACACAUAAAUGGGUUUAAGAAUAAAAUUAAGCUUUUCAAUUGUAAAGAACAUUUCGAAGAAAUGAAGGAUUUUGAGGAAGUUUCAUAUUUACCUCAUAUAAAACACAUUGGCACAAUUGCAGAAGAAUUCAAAAAUCGAUUCAGUGACUUUAAAAAAAUCGAAAGCGACAUUUCAGUUUUUACUCAGCCACUACCAAUUUCUCUUGAGAACGUAAGCAGAGCAGACCUUCAACUGGAAUUGUGUGAUUUGCAAUCAGAUCCUUUUUACCAAGGAAGAACUGAGAUUGGCUUGGACUUUUUUAAGUUACUGCCAGGAGAACGAUACCCCAACUUGAUGAUUGGAAAGCACAGCAGUGUUGAUUAUUUGAAAUUUGGCUUCAUUCCAUCAUUGCCGGACAAACAAUCGCCUAUGUGCCUUUUAUGCAACAAAGUUUUGGGCAAUAACGCUAUGAAACCAUCUAAACUGCAAGACCAUCUGAGAAGAUGCCACCCUGAUAAAACAGAGAAAGAUUUGAAAUACUUUCAAACACUCAAAGAUAAAUUUCAGCAGAGACCUACACUGGACAGAAUGUUCGCUUCGACGUCACAAAGAAAUGAUGAUGGUUUGCGGGCGUCAUACAAUAUCUCGUUACUUAUAUCAAAAUCCGGAAAACCGCAUACUAUCGGAGAGAAGUUAAUUUUGCCAGCCGUUGAAGAGGUUUUAAAAACUGAUUUACACAAACCUGCAUCUGAUAUCAUUAAAAGAAUUCCCUUAAGCAACAAUACUGUUGAAAGACGUAUCUUCUUAUGUAAUUAUUUGCAAACGACCCAUAUCUAUAUACAACUGGACGAGUCAACUUUACCUGAUAAUGCAGGAUUAUUAUUAACAUAUGUUCGUUUUAUUAUGAAGGAUUACUUCAUUGAAAAAGCAAUUCCUUUAUCAAAUAUAAUAUCAGUAGCUACAGAUGGAGCACCUGCCAUGGAUUACUUCAUUGGAAAAGCAAUUCCUUUAUCAAAUAUAAUAUCAGUAGCUACAGAUUACAUCCAUCGACAACAUUUAGUUGCUAAAAAUGUGAGUGUUAGAUUGCAUGAAUCACUUCAUUUAGUCAUUGAUGCAGUAAACCGAAUCCGAAGCAACGCGUUGAAUAUGCGCAGUUGUGUGAAGAAAAUGACGAACACUUUCAUCAAUCACUCCUUCACACUGAAGUACGCUGUCUGUCGAAAGGCUUUUACUAUUUUAGAAUUUCUGGAUACUAAAGAUAAAAUUUUAAAAGAAAAUUUAAUGAAGAGAAAAACAGACAUCGCCUAUUUAACAGACUUGUUUACAAAAUUUAAUAUGGUUAAUUUGCAAUUACAAGGCGACAGUUUAGAUUUGAUUAAAACAAAGUCCAUCUUAUCAGCGUUUCUUGCCAGAGUUAAACUAAUGAAGCAAAAUAUUGGACGGGGCCAAUUUUCUCAGUUCCCCAAUUUGUCACAGACAAGCUGCCAGGAAGACGACGUUUCAACUUACGUUCAACAUUUAAAUGCCCUCUAUUUAGAUUUUGAAUCUAGGUUUGAGGAUAUUUUGACUAUGUUAAUACCACCGUGGAUAAUUAAUCCAUAUGAUGACAUAGAAGAAACGAAUGUCAUAAUACAAGAGGAACUGACUGAACUAAGUACAAACGAAGAACUUAAGGUUCAGUUUAAAAACGGAUAUCAGCAAUUCUGGCUGCAAAACAACAUACCCGUUACUUAUCCCGUAUUAUGGAAUAUAGCGAUGAAAUUUUUAAUUUCCUUUCCAUCGUCAUACCUAGUGGAAAGGGGGUUCAGCGCUGUUACCAAUCUUCUAACGACAAAAAGAAACAGACUGGACAUCAUUAGCUGA